ACGGAACGCAUUUGUGUCAUAAAGAAAACUGUGUAAUGUAAUUACACACAAAGUAACGAGUCUACCUUAAUGCAAGCAAAAACGCAGAAGAACCACUUUUGUUGUGAUUUCUACAGACACAGUGUGUAAGUACAGUGAAAUGGCAGGAGCCAGUAUUUCAGUGGAUCAGGAUCAGUUCUGUUGUCCGGUGUGUUUGGAUCUCCUGAAGGAUCCAGUGACCAUUCCCUGUGGACACAGUUACUGUAUGAGCUGUAUUACAGACUGCUGGAAUCAGGAUGAUCUGAGGGGAGUCUAUAGAUGUCCUCAAUGCAGAAAAACCUUCACUCAAAGACCUGAUUUAAGUAAAAACGUGGUGUUUGCUGAAAUGGUGACGAAACUGAAGAAGACGAGAAUCCAAGAGAAUCCCUGUUACGCUGGUGCUGCAGAUGUGGAGUGUGACGUCUGUACUGGAAGAAAACAGAAAGCCGUCAAGUCCUGUCUGGUGUGUCUCAACUCUUACUGUCAGAAUCAUCUUGAACAACAUAAGAAUUUCUUCAAGAGUAAGAGACACAACUUGAUUGAUGCCACUGGAAGACUCCAGGAGAUGAUCUGCCCUCUACAUGAUAAAAUGCUGGAAAUUUACUGCCGCACUGACCAGAGGUGUAUUUGUAUGUUGUGUAUGGUGGAUGAACACAAGAAUCACAACACUAUAUCAGCUGCAGCAGCAAGGACUGAGAAACAGAGAGAUUUGUUGCAAACACAGAGUAAACUGCAGCAGAGAAUCAAGGAUAAAGAGAAAGAUGUUCAGGAGUUGAGAGAAUUUCAAUUGUGUAUUUUACAGUGCUCUGCGCAGACAGCAGUGGAGGACUGUGAGCUGAUCUUCACUGAGUUGAUCUCAUCCAUUGAGAGAAGGUGCUCUGAGGUGACACAGCUGAUCAGAGAUCAGGAAAAGGCUGCAGUGAGUCGAGCUGAAGAACUCUUGAUGCAACUGGAGCAGGAGAUUGAUGAUCUGAGGAGGAGAAAUGCUGAGAUGCAGCAGCUUUCACACACAAAUGAUCACAUCCACUUCCUGCAGAGUUUCCAGUCUCUUUGUCUCUUUGGAUCUGCAGUCAGAAUAAAAAUCAGCUCUCAUCUCUCAUAUGAUCCUGUUGGGAAAUCUGUCUCUCAACUCAGAGACAAAUUGCAGCAUUUCUGCAGAGGGGAGAUAGAGAAGAUAUCUGCUAGAGUGAGAGGCACUAAGAUCAUACAAAAUUCAGGUCAGUUCAGUCUGGAUCUGAACACAGUGAAUCCACUUCUCCAUUUCUCAGAGAGGAACAACAUGUUGACCUUCUCUGACACCAAGCACUAUCCUGAUUAUCGUUGGGUGUAUAAAGAGAGAGAGGGGGGAGGUGGUUGCUUGGAGUUUGAGUGGAGUGGGAAGUAAUGUGGAUAUAGAAGUGACAUAUAAGAGCAUCAAGAGGAAGGAAGAGGGUAAAGAGUGUGUGAUUGGAUGUAAUAAUCUGUCCUGGAGAUUGGACUGCACUCCCUACUAUUUCUCAUUCUGGCACAAUAGCAUGGUGUGAAGUCCCUGUGUCUUCUAGUCCCUUUAGAAUAGGAGUGUAUGUGGAUCACAAAGCAGGAAUUCUGUCCUUCUAAAGCAUCUCUGAUACAAUGAGUCUCAUUCACAGAGUCCAGACCACAUUCACUCAACCUCUGAUUCCUGGGAUUGCAGUAAAUAAGAACACAACUGCAAAACUGUGUCAUCUUACAAUAUGAUACAAUGA